AUGUAUAACAGAUACAUCCCUCCACCCAAGCCAGCAGGCGGCGCGGCGGCCCCCGUGUCGUCGCAACCAGUGUCGCAAGCACCAGCGCAACCAGCACGAAUUGUCUUUGGCGACGACGACUUUGUCGCAAACACUCAAUCAAAGACCGUCGCCGAGGAACCAGUACAACAAGUAGAGGAACCCAAGUCCAAGUCGAAAAAGUCAAAGAAGCAACGCGAGACCGACGACGCUGAAGAGCCCCCACGAAAGAAAACCAAGACCGACGACAACGACGACGAGCAGCAACAACAGAAAGACGAGGCGCAACCCGAGACGACGACAACAGAUACAUCACCCAUUAAGAAGGAACCCAAGAAGCCAAAGAGGGAAAAGAAAAAGAAGGAAAGCGUCCUCGAAAAACCCGCCGACCUCGAAGAUGACCACAUCCGCCAACGCCAUCGCUCCGUCUUUGAAAAGGUCGAAAAAGCUCUCAAAUUGAAGGAACUACAGGGCGACGAAAAGGAAGACACGCCAGAACCCGAAGAACCCGUAUACGACCUCGGUCCCCUCCCCCAGCCCGCCCCUGUCGUUGUCGAUUCCUCCAAACUCACCUACGAGACCCUUCCCCCCUGGCUCGCCAAUCCCAUCCGCGUCACCACCGAAACCAGGAAACCGUUUACAGAGCUAGGCAUCUCCGUUGAGGCAGCCAAGAUUCUGGCUAUAAAGGGAUUUAAAGACGCUUUUGCCGUGCAGACGGCUGCCCUUCCUUUGCUGUUGCCUAAUCCCGACCUCCAAGGCGACGUGGUGGUGGCUGCUCCUACCGGUUCGGGAAAGACGUUGGCGUAUGUGUUGCCAAUGGUGCAGGAUAUUGCGCUGAGUCAGACGACCAAGCUCAGGGGAGUGAUUGUGCUGCCGACAAGAGAUUUGGUGCAGCAAGUCCAGCAGGCGUGCGAGGCCUGCGCGGCAGCGUUUGCGGGGAGUAGUGGCGGGAAGAGGGUGAAGGUGGGGACAGCGAUGGGAAACCGGCCGUUUAAGGAGGAGCAGGGGCGGCCGUUGCCGUAUCACGUCAUUCAGCAUGUGCCCAAGGUCGAUAUCCUCAUCUGCACGCCAGGCCGUCUGGUGGAGCACAUCACCAAGACCAAAGGCUUCACGCUCGAUUAUGUCCGGUGGUUGGUGGUCGACGAAGCUGACAAGCUUCUUGCGCAAGACUUCCAGCAAUGGUUGGAUGUGGUGAACGAGAAGUUGGCUGUCAGCAAGCCUGGCGCCAGAGAUUUCGCGGCGAACAACAAGACGGGACCCAGGAAGGUGAUUCUGUCAGCAACCAUGACAAGAGACAUCACGCUGUUGAACGGGCUGAAGCUUUCUAGGCCAAAGCUGGUAGUGUUGGAGGGUGCAAAGGCUGGUGAUCUGGCAAUUCCCGCCACCCUCAAGGAAUACGCCAUCAAGAUCACCGAGCCAAGUCUUAAGCCGUUGUACCUGGUGGAUCUGCUACAGAGCAAGUACAUGGCAGCAGCCUUCCCCACCACCGCCCUCAUCUUCACAGCCUCUAACCAAUCCGCCCUCCGCCUCUCGCGCCUGCUCUCCCUCCUCCUUCCCCCUUCCUUCGCCCCUCUAAUCGGCACCCUCACCUCCUCCACCAAGACCUCGGUCCGCUUACGCACCCUACGCGCCUUCACCUCCGGCAAACUCCGUAUCUUGGUCGCCUCCGACUUGGUAUCCCGUGGUAUCGACUUGUCGAACCUCGACCACGUCAUUAAUUACGACCUGCCCCUUUCCGAGACGUCGUACGUGCACAGGGUGGGCCGCACAGCGCGUGCGGGCAGGGAAGGUAAAGCGUGGACGUUGGUGGAGUUUGCAGAGGCAAGGAGGUUCUGGAGGGAGUUUGUUGGUGAGGGCAGUGGGGCGGUGUGUAAUGUGAAGAGGGCGGAAGGGAGGACGGUGGAGAGGGUGAGGGUUACCGAGGGGAUGGAUGAAGAGGGAGAGAAGAAGAAGAAUGGUGGAUUUGGUGAGGAGAGGGUUAAGGAGUUGGAGAAGGCACUGGAGGUGUUGAGAGUUGAGGCUACUAAGAGGGGGUGACUGUUUGGUUUGUUGGUGCAGGUCUGAUAUCCAAGGAAGUUUAUAUAGGGUCGUGGUAGGGUUGUAUAUAAUAUACGUGCCACUGAUGAUACUU